UGGAGAGGCUCCUGUUUCUCUGCUGAUAUCACACUUUUCACUCCAGCGCUCAUCAAUCCUUUUUUCCAAUGCAUACACGUAGACGAUAAACGCGGCCCGUCGAGUUCGCGGAAUACUUGAUUUUAUUUCGGACGGACCCAGAAUGGAAUAUUUUCCAUGAUUUGUUUCGUCUGAAGGAUUUAUGCGAACCUGUUUUAGGGUUAAAGAGAAAAAGGAGACACGUUGACGAAAGUGAAGAGAACAAAUAUAAAAGCCAAAAGAUGGACCUGAAGCUGCUUUUCAUAUCAACAUUUUUAGGAUUCCUUUGUUGCAGCAGUGCCCAGCAAGAGGGCAAUGAGUGCAUCAAAGCCAAUGCUUUAUCAUGUGGUGAGUGCAUACAAGUCGGGGCUAAAUGUGGAUGGUGCACUGAUAAAGAGUUCCUAAAACAGGGAGAACCGACAUCCGCCCGCUGUGAUGAGCUGGAGUCCCUCAGGAAGAGAGGUUGUGAAGAAACCAAGAUCGAGAACCCUCGUGGAAGCCAUCGCAUCCUUAAGAACAAGGCAGUGACCAACCGAAAGAAAGGCGCAGAGAAGCUCCGACCCGAAGAUAUCACACAGAUCCAGCCACAGAAACUCAGCCUCAACCUUAGAGCUGGGGAACCUCAGAACAUUCAACUGAAAUUCAAGAGGGCUGAAGACUAUCCCAUAGACCUGUACUACCUUAUGGACCUGUCCUUCUCCAUGAAGGAUGACCUGGAGAACGUCAAAAACCUUGGGACUAGUUUGAUGUUCGAGAUGUCCAAGAUCACUUCAGAUUUCAGAAUUGGUUUUGGCUCUUUUGUGGAGAAAACUGUUAUGCCGUAUAUCAGCACCACACCAGCAAAGCUUCUGAACCCCUGCACAGGGGACCAAAACUGCACCAGCCCCUUCAGCUACAAAAAUGUGCUGAAACUCACCAGCAACGGGCAGCAGUUCAACACUCUGGUCGGCCAGCAGCAGAUAUCGGGAAACCUCGACUCACCUGAGGGGGGAUUUGAUGCCAUCAUGCAGGUGGCUGUCUGUGGGGACCACAUUGGCUGGAGAAAUGUCACCCGUUUGUUGGUGUUCUCCACUGACGCCGGUUUCCAUUUUGCUGGAGAUGGCAAACUUGGUGGAAUCGUGCUUCCCAAUGAUGGGAAAUGCCACCUGGAAAACAACACGUACACAAUGAGCCAUUAUUAUGAUUACCCCUCUAUCGCCCAUCUGGUUCAGAAACUGAGUGAAAACAACAUACAGACCAUUUUUGCAGUCACAGAGGAGUUUCAGCCUGUUUACAAAGAACUUAAAAACCUCAUUCCAAAGUCUGCAGUGGGCACACUGUCAGCAAACUCCAGCAAUGUUAUCAAUCUUAUUAUUGAUGCAUACAAUUCUCUAUCCUCAGAGGUCAUUCUUGAAAACAGUAAGCUUCCUGAGGGAGUGACUAUCACCUAUGAGUCACAUUGUAAGAACGGAAUAGUGAAUAAUGGAGAAAAUGGAAGGAAAUGCUCCAACAUAUCUAUCGGAGACGAGGUAUCCUUCAAAAUUAAUAUCACAGCUCAGAGCUGUCCCAAACAAGGCAAGUCUGAAACCAUCAAGAUCAAGCCACUGGGCUUUACAGAAGAAGUGGAGCUCACACUCAACUUCAUCUGUGAGUGUGAAUGCCACAAGCAUGGCAUCAAGAACAGUGACAAAUGCCAUAAUGGCAAUGGAACAUUUGAGUGUGGAGCCUGCAGGUGCAAUAAGGGACGUGUUGGCAGACAGUGCGAAUGUCGAAAAGACGAGGUGUCCACCGAAGACCUGGAUAAGAACUGCCGCAGGGACAACGGCACGGACAUCUGCAGCAAUAAUGGCGAGUGCGUGUGCGGGACCUGCGAGUGCAAGAAGAGGGACAAUCCCGAAGAACGCUACAGCGGCAAGUUCUGCGAUUGCGACAACUUUAACUGCGACCGCUCCAACAACAAACUCUGCGGAGGACACGGCCACUGUGAGUGUAGGGUGUGUAUCUGUGAUGCUAACUACACUGGAAGUGCAUGUGACUGCUCUCUGGACACCUCCACCUGCUUAGCCUCCAACAAACAGAUCUGUAAUGGCAGAGGGAUUUGUGAGUGUGGCACCUGCAGGUGUACGGAUCCCAAAUUCCAGGGACCCACCUGUGAGAUCUGCCCCACCUGCCCUGGAGUCUGUACUGAGCACAAGGAGUGCGUGCAGUGCCGGGCGUUUGGCACAGGAGAGAAGAAGGACACUUGUGAGAGGGACUGUAGCUACUUUAACCUCAUCAAAGUGAAGCACAGAGAUAAACUCCCUCAGCCUGUGCAGGCCUUCCCUCUCAUGCACUGUAAGGAGAGAGACACCAACGACUGCUGGUUCUAUUACACCUACGCCGUCAACAACAACACCGAGAAGGAAGUCCAUGUGGUGGAGUCUUUAGAGUGCCCAGCGGGUCCUGACAUCAUACCCAUCGUGGCGGGUGUGGUCGCAGGCAUCGUUCUGAUUGGUUUAGCAUUGCUACUGAUCUGGAAGCUGCUUAUGAUCAUUCACGACCGACGCGAAUUCGCCAAGUUUGAGAAAGAGAAGAUGAACGCCAAGUGGGAUACGACAGAAAAUCCAAUUUACAAGAGCCCUAUUAAUAAAUUCAAGAAUCCAAGCUAUGGCCGUAAAGCUGUGGCUCUCUAAGGAGAGAAUCCAAUCUACAAGAGUGCUGUCACAACUGUGAUCAACCCAAAAUAUGAAGGCAAAUAAUGGACAUCCAUAUCACACGCAGAAAUGUUUUGGAAGGGAUGGACGCGGCGUUAUAUGUUUCUUUUUAAAUGUUUAUUUUCCGAUUUCAUUCUUUUAGAAACAGUAUUGUAGCACUGUUUUAGGAAGCAGUAUUUUAUGAAGGACUGACUGCCUCUCAUCCCUUGCUAAACGUGUACAAUUUGUAUAGUCUUUUUAUUUACAUCUGUAUCUCUUCUUUUAAACAACUGUGUACAUUCUUUUCACACAGAACAGAUAUGUGUGCCUUUUCACAAGUGUUAAAGCAUUUCAAUUUAAUUUGCUGUGCAAAGGGAUCCACAAAUCCUCCAAAAUAUGCCAUAUCAUAUUCAAGAAAUCAUCAGAUGCCAUUUUUAAAAUCAUAUUUACUUUAUUUGCUGUUGUUCAGUUGCUGCCUUCAUCCAAGAAUGCUAUUAAUCAUGCAAGUUAACUAGGAAAGUUUGGCAUUUUUGGCUGAUAAUCUAUCCAUAUUUUUUCUUUACUUCUAUAGACACCCUUGUAUUUCAUGCCAAAAAUGUCUUUAAGAUGAUGCAAAACACAUGAGGUUACUUCUCACUUAUUUUUGAUCUUACAAAAUCAUAAUGGCUUAUGUCUUUUGGUCAAAAUGUUGAGCUGAAAAUGUUGUCUGUCCGUUAUAUAUGUUAUGAAAGGGUUAUGUGUUGAAUUAUUAUAUGGCUCAAUGUAUUCAGGUGAUGUCCUGAAGUAUGUAGUCAAUCGGUAUAGAAAGCCAAAUGCCCUGAAAUUGCUCAUUAGUUAUGAGCACAAUUAUGUAGAAGAACUACAAAUGAAGUUUCAAAGCUUGUAUACAUUUAACAUAUUUGAUCGUCUCUAUAUGUAGAAUUAAAAACAUGCAAAAUUUUAGUUGUAACAUUUCACAGAUGUCAGAGAAGCUAUUAGCUGGAGAGAAAAAAAGAAACAUUUGCAAUUGUUUAUAAAUUAAUUUAUCUGGUGAAAAUGAAGAAUAACAAGAACCCUGUUUUUAAUCUAUUUUAUUGGGCUGUAACAAAAUAUACAGGAAUGUUUGGGGGAAAAAAUAGCAAACAUUACAAAGAAAUGACAAAAAUGGAAAGCCUGCCAAAAUGUGCUAGUUAUUGGUUUGGUUUAAAGUGCCUUUUUCUGGUAUUUUCACUAUUACCAUUUAUGAAUUUAUUUAUUAAAACUAAAUAAAAAAGAUUGUGGUAAUGCCUUUUUUUUUCUUUUUCUUUUUUUUUUUUUUUUUUUUUUUAUCUAA